UUUUGUCUCUGACAAGAACAACAACUUCUCAGAAACCUCUUUUGCUUUUUGUUGCAAGAAAGAAGAAAAGAAAAGACUCAUGCUUUCCUUUCCAACUCUUUAUGUUCUACAAUUUAAGGCAAUUCCCGGGUCCAGACAUUCAUUCAAAGACCCACCAAAUUACUAUGUCUGCUAAUGAUCAUGAAGCUCUGACUUCUGAGACUCUAGAGCCCACUAACCCAAUUUCGGAGACUUUCAUGAUUGUAUGCAGGUUUGAGCAAUUAGACCAUAGGUUGAUGGAUAAUUUGUCGAAUUCCGAUGAUUAUGAUCUGGGUUAUCAACCUUCACCUUCUUCAGUGGAUCAAAACGAUCGAUCGACGAUGAGCGGCAGUCCUUUUGCUUACAGCAGGACUUUUUCUGAGACCUCUGCCUUCUCAGAGCCUAUAGAUGACAGCAGCUUUUCCAGUGAACGUUCUCCUUCCCCAUGGCCGGUAGCCAAAUCCAGAUCUCUCACCAGACUACCAAUGAAGCCCCACAAGCCACCUGUCGACGAUCAUAAACUUGAUGAUCAUGAAUCUACUGAUUCAGAACUUGAACUCAUGAAGGAGAGAUUUGCUAAGCUUCUGUUGGGGGAAGACAUGUCAGGAAGUGGGAAAGGUGUUUCCACUUCGGUUACAAUCUCAAAUGCCAUAACCAACCUAUAUGCAACUGUAUUUGGCCAAAACUUAAGGUUAGCGCCUCUGAAUCCUGAGAAGAAGGCUUUGUGGAAAAGAGAAAUGGAUUGUCUUUUAUCUGUGUGUGAUUACAUAGUAGAAUUUAGCCCAACCUUGCAUGAUUUAGAUGACGGGACAAGUGUGGAGGUGAUGGCAAGCACACCAAGAUCAGAUAUUUGCAUUAACCUUCCUGCAUUGCAGAAGCUUGACAUGAUGCUCAUAGAAAUAUUGGAUAGUUUUGAAGAUACAGAAUUCUGGUACGCGAAACAGGGGAGCAUGUCAGGAAAUUCAAUUCGUUCAGGCUCAUUCCGGAAGGUUGCUCAGCGGAAAGAAGAGAAAUGGUGGUUGCCAAUUCCAUGUGUUUCUCCAGGUGGCGUCUCUGAGAAGGCAAGGAAGCACCUGCGACACAAACGUGACUGCGCCAAUCAAAUUCACAAAGCUGCCAUGGCCAUCAACAGCACUAUUCUUGCAGAAAUGGAAAUCCCAGACACCUACAUGGCAACUCUUCCAAAAAGUGGAAAAGCAUGUCUAGGUGAUUCAAUUUACCGGUAUAUGUGCACCGGAGACAAAUUCUUACCGGACCAUCUUCUUGACUGUCUGAGUAUAGCAUCAGAACACGAAGCACUUGAGCUUGCAGACAGGGUUGAAGCCUCAAUGUACACAUGGAGGCGUAAAACGUGUUUGAGCCAUUCAAAAUCAUCAUGGGACCUGGUGAAGGAUCUCAUGGCUGAAUCUGACAGGAGUGACAAAAAUUAUGUUCUAGCAGAGAGGGCAGAGAGUUUGUUGUUCUGCCUCAAGCAGAGGUAUCCUGAGCUGUCGCAGACAACCUUGGACACAAGCAAGAUUCAGUACAAUAAGGAUGUGGGGAAAGCAAUACUAGAGAGCUACUCAAGGGUGUUGGAAGGCGUAGCAUUCAACAUUGUUGCUUGGAUUGAAGAUGUGCUUCACGUAGACAGAACGAUGAGAAUUGAAGAAUAAAGCCAGAAAUGGAUCCUACAUCAAAGAGGAAGAUGCAUCUUAGUCUCCUCUAAGCUGAUCAUUUCCAUAUUUUUGCAGCAAACUUUCCAAGAAAAAUAGGCAGUGGACGAUGAUCCUAGGAAAUUUAAAUGUAUUUGUACGAACUUGAAUACGUAAAACAUCAUCUACAUCCAUUUCAUUGCGUUUAAGCAUAACUUGUACAUUAGCACCAGCAAUAGUAAUUCAGCAGCUGCACAAAUCCCUCUGAAAAGUAGUUGGAAAAUGUGUCAAGAAUCAGGUUUCUCCAAAGCUAAAGGAAGAAACAU